GGCGCGAGCGUGUACGCGCCUCUGUAGAGUUCUACUGUUGUCAAUCGCGCUGUGUGAGUUUGGCAAAACGCCAGCGAGCCCGUGCUCAUGUACGCAACGUCGCGCCCGCUUGCUUCAUAGUCUUUGACAGCUGGAAGACGGAGGAGGUUCGCGACACAACAUAGAAAAACUUUCGAUUUGUGUUGUGCUUUGGCGUUUUAAGCGCCGACUACACAACCCUGUGAAUACGCGGAGGGGAAUCUAUUUAUUAGUGUAACACUCAGUCUUCAGGGUGCAGGUUGACACGCGAGUACAGUGGAUGUGGGAAACUGUCGCCGGUUCCUGAUAUGAGGAUUUAAAAGGACACAGAUCUCAGAAGGAAACAGUUUAAUUCACAUUGUCCGUGGAUUAAACCUUUGAAGCAUGUGACUAAACUUAUUUUAAAAAAGCCCCCGUAUAAAAGAUGGAGAGUAUUUAAAGUACCGGAUUAAGUGAUACACUUAUCGUACAUUGCUGGAUAUUUCAACGAUGCCAACGUGGCUGGAGAACAAUCUUUGGUAUGAUGGACUUUUAACCAGACAGAAGAAACAUGGCUCUCUAUCCUUAAGCGAUCACCAGUUGUGUCUGUAUUUCUUUAUGACACGUGGAUGGAUCUAGACUUUAUAACGCUGCAGUCGCCAUCCAUUUCUUACAUAUAUCAGUGAUAUUCCUGCUUAGGAGAAUGAUAUGUCAAAAAAAGAGGAGACCCAUCAAAGAAGAGGAUUUUUCUGCUAUUGUUGUGCCCUCCAUGAGGGGUCAUGGGUACUUGGAUUACACUGUUGAAAGUCAUCCGUCCAGAGCCAUGCAGAUCAUGGAUGAGUUUCGAAAUCAUGAGAUGCUCUGUGACGUGGUUCUACACGUGACAUACAAGGAUAAGACAGCGGAUUUUAAGGUGCAUAAACUGGUACUGGCCGCCUGCAGUCCUUACUUCAAAGCCAUGUUUACCAGUAAUUUCAAAGAAUGCCACGCCUCAGAGGUCACCUUAAAGGACGUGUGCCCCCAGGUCAUCAGCCGCCUCAUUGACUUCGCCUACACCUCACGCAUCACGGUGGGAGAAACCUGUGUCCUUCACGUUCUCCUGACCGCCAUAAGAUUUCAGAUGGAAGAGGUGGCCAAAGCGUGCUGUGAUUUCCUCACGAAGAACCUGGACCCGUCUAACGUCAUUGGCCUUUCCAGAUUCGCAGAGGAGAUCGGUUGCACAGAGCUACACCUUCGUACAAGAGAAUACAUCAACAGUCACUUCAAUGAGGUAACCAAAGAGGAGGAAUUCUUCAGUUUGUCCCACUGUCAGCUGCUGGAGUUGAUCAGUCAAGACAGUAUAAAGGUGCUUUGUGAGUCCGAGAUCUACAAGGCCUGUAUCGACUGGGUCCGCUGGGACGUGGAGACCCGUGCCCAAUACUUCCAUGCCCUCCUCAAUGCGGUCCACAUCUAUGCCCUGCCGCCCACCUUCCUCAAAAGGCAGCUGCAGUACUGUCCCAUUCUGAGCAAGGCCAACUCCUGCAAGGACUUCCUAUCCAAGAUCUUUCAGGACAUGGCUCUCCGAAAACCCUUGCCCCCACCCCCUCAUCGCGGAAAUCACCUUAUCUACGUAGCAGGGGGUUACAGGCAACACUCCCUGGACUCUUUGGAAGCCUUCGAUCCAAGGAAGAACGUUUGGCAAAAGCUAGCCGAGAUGGGAUUUCCUUGUAGCGGCUUAGGGGCCUGCGUGUUGUCCGGCCUUCUUUAUACGGUCGGAGGACGUAACCUCUCUUUGCAGAACAACACCGAGUCUGGAGCUUUGUCCUGCUACAACCCCAUGACUAACCAGUGGACCCAGCUGGCUCCUCUCAACACGCCCAGAAACAGAGUGGGUGUCGGGGUCAUUGACGGGAGCAUUUAUGCCGUAGGGGGUUCGCAUGCCUCUACACAUCACAACAGCGUUGAGAGGUAUGACCCAGAAACAAAUCGUUGGACAUUUGUGGCCCCCAUGUCAGUGGCACGACUGGGGGCCGGUGUUGCCACGUGCUGUGGCCAUCUGUAUGUGGUGGGGGGGUUUGACGGAGACAAUCGAUGGAACACAGUGGAACGCUAUCAACCAGACACUAAUACCUGGCAGCAUGUGGCACCUAUGAACACUGUUCGGAGUGGACUCGGCUUGGUGUGUAUGGAUACUUGCCUGUAUGCAGUUGGUGGCUACGAUGGUCAAACCCAGCUCAAAUCAACGGAGAGAUAUAAUGUAACUCGAGAUGUAUGGGAACCCAUGGCCUGUAUGAACCAAUGCCGCAGUGCACAUGGAGUAACCGUCUUCCAAUGCAAAAUAUAUGUGUUAGGUGGAUUCAAUCAAGAGGGUUUCUUAUCCAGCGUGGAGUACUACUGUCCAUGCACUAAUGUAUGGACGUAUCUAACAGACAUGCCCAUUGGCCGCAGUGGAAUGGGUGUCGCUGUAACCAUGGAACCUUGCCCUGGAAUACUGCCGGAUGAGGAGGACAAUGAGGAUGAGGUGUAACAAUCCGAACCAUGUGCCAUCUGAAGACAACUCAAAGUUGUUGCAUUUACCUUGAAACUCUUUAUGCAUGAGAUGCCAAUAAGGACAUUCUUCUUUAAAAUAUUUAGUUUUUUAAUAAAUUGCUCUCUACCACAAAGUGAUUCAUGGAGAGAAAUGUCUCUAAUCACUUGACUAAUGAAGCUCUGAUCACAUGAUCAGGGUGAUUGAAUGAAGAUCACAAUCGUGUUGUCAUACUGCUGAACACUUUGAAUUUAAAUGUGAGUCUUGUUUUAUAGUACUUUACUUGUCCAGAUAAGCACUGUUUAAUGUGAAUAUGUGAUAAAAUAUUGAAGGUUCGUCUUGGUUUGUAUUAUUGUUUCUGAAACUCUGCUCUUUAUCUAUGUACAGGAGUGUUUGCAGUGACACUUUCCAUGAAGCCUGUAUAAUGCAUUAUAAUUAUAAUACUGUUAAAUAGUAUUCCUAAUGCAUUCUUCUUAACUUAA